AUGGCAACACUCGCUGGAAAGCAAAUUAGCCAGAAUGGUCUUGGUUUGAUGCGUCUUAUCUGGCACUACGGGCCCACCCCGGACGAAAAGGCGUUCAGAGUGCUUAAAACAGCCCUAUCAGCUGGAGCGAAUGUCUGGAACGGUGCAGAUUUCUACGGUUUGCCGAACAACAACUCCUUGCAUCUAAUGAAUCGCUACUUUACAGCCUAUCCUGAGGAUGCUGAGAAAGUUGUCUUUACGGUCAAAUCUGGUUUGGUGGACAUGAAGACUUUCACGAUGGACGGUUCUCGGAAUGGCCUGCGCGCCUUCGCAGAUAACACCCUAAAGAUCCUGGACGGCAAGAAGAAAAUCGAUAUCUUUGGUUUGGGAAGAGUAGAUCCCGACGUUCCAAUCGAGGAGAGCGUGAAGGCUCUGGCCGAACUCAGGGUAGAGGGCAAGAUUGGGGGUAUCCAGAUGAGCGAAGUGCGCGCUGACACCAUCCGUCGUGCCGCUAGUGUGACGAAGAUUGAUAUGGUCGAGGCUGAGGUCAGUCUCUGGUCGAGAGAAGUGUUUGAGAAUGAGGUUGCGGAAGCUUGCGCGGAGAACGACAUUGUCCUUGUGGCACAUACUCCAUUAGGCGCUGGAAUGUUAACGGGGUCAAUCAAGACCGUGGACGAUCUUCCUCAGACUCAUCACCGUACGGUUCCCCGCUUUCAGCCUGAGAGUAUUGCUCAGAAUCGUCUGCUUGUUGAGCAACUGGAGAGGUUUGCAGAGUCAAAGGGUUGUACUGCGGCUCAGCUGGCACUGACAUGGCUGAAGGUGCAGAGCAGAAAGCCAGGGAUGCCGUUCAUUGUACCGAUCGCAGGCGCCCGGUCGGAGGAACGAGUUCUGGAGAAUAUGGCAGAUAUUGAAUUGGACGAUACUGACCUUGAGAGGAUCCAGUCCAUCUUGGAUAACUAUCCCGUGGCAGGGGCGAGAUACCCGCCUGCGGCUGCGAGAUUGAUUGAGUAUUAG